ACUUUUUGUCUAUAAAGGGGUGACGCGCCAGGCGAAGUUAGACCACGGAUAACAAGGUAUCCUCGGUGCCAUUCCAGCCUAAGAACAAACCGUCCUCCGCCUAUUCGCCCUCCUCUCUGUUUGCGAGGUUCAACAACUUGCAGUGGGCAUUUGUCUCAUAUAUAGCAAGCUCCCGUGGGUCGAGUUAAUUUCAGACGGUAAGGAUCGGACGUUAUGGACAGCAUGUUCAAUCUUCGAAUCCUGUUAACCUGGGCCUUGCUCACUUUUGGAUCAUUCGGUCUAACAGUGUCAGCUGGGACGGUGCUGUCGCCUCCGAGUCAAAGCGUACCAGCAGGUGAUAGCUUUCGGCUGAUAUGCACGUCUAAGAGAGUGAGGACACACGGCUCAAAGGUGCGCCACGAACUGUACAAAAUAAGUGGCGAAAACCGGGUACUCGUUACCCUGUCUCAAGCCACAGCCUGUGAGACGAAUUACACAUAUAACAUGAUGAGUGGCUAUGCUAAACUUACAACCGUCUUUACGAUGGAAGCCAGUGAGGGAACGGCUGGGAGUUACGGCUGUAUGGCCCUCUUGGAAAACAACACACUGUCAAGCAUAGUCUCCGAAAAAGACAAAAGAAUGAACGCGACGGUGCGAGUUUGCUCAAAGCCAGAACUUCAAGUUGAAUUGACUGAAACCGUUGGGGGCAUUAUUUCUGUGAUGGGCACAGAAAAAUGCGGCUAUAAGGGAGAGCUGACAUGGUUGGUCAACGGUCGAAAAGUACCGCGAAAUAAUCAGACCCCGAGUGAGGAUUUUCCAGCCGUGGAAAGAGAAGAUGACACGAUGGAAAUCCGCAGUACAGGAUGUGAAGACUUCUUAGACACAACAUGCCAGAUAACCGGUGUCUUCAAGUACAUUUCUACAGAAAGGCUUCUCAAUAAGGUCGAGGCACCUUUAUCAAUCGAUGACUGCUGUGUUCCUGGUGUCUUUAUGCCCGCUGAAGUAGAGUCAAAUGAAGAUGUGACCACCAACGCACCACCUGUGAUUUUUCCAUCCCAUCCGAUGGAUGUGGAGAUGGAGACUCGCGCUUUGGAGAAAGAAGUCUUGGCCCUUCAGAAGGAUGUCUUGGAGCUCAAGCUAGAAGCUCUACCCAUGCAAAUCAGGUUUCUGAGAAGACUGAACAAGGAACACUCUGAUGCCAGAAACAGGGAAAAGGUAGCUGAUAUAUAACGGGAUUAAGUUAUGAGAAGUUGACAAAUAAGAGAAAAGGUUUGUAGAGACGAUCGUGAUCACACGAAAUUGUGUAAUGCCAUGCUUUUUUGCUGGGCUUGAAGUUCAAAGCACUAUAUAAAAAAUAUCGCUAUUGCAGCUCCCUUCAGUGUGUCUCAAGAACUCAACGUCAAAUAACGCAUGUUCAAUGCAAUUAUUGUAAAACUGCAGGCUUGCAACAUUGCCGUUAAUUUCUUUGUUGUUGUAAUUCAAUUUUAUUUAGAAAAUAUAUUGUAAAUUUGGCAUUGCUACAUUGAAGGACAUUAAUUAUGUGUACAAUAAAACACUUUUGGUCUUAAGAUGGCUAUUCUGUAUUUAAAAAAAAAUCUUACGCCGACAUUAUGUCCACCUACGACUAGAAUAGGCUAUUCAUCAAGGGUAACCACUAAACGCACUAAAGAUACUUCCGUGUUGAUAUUUUACAGUUAAGGUUUUAAGCUUGGAAGUUAACUCUGCACAGGUAACAUGAAAUACAUAGCACGCAGUAGGACCAUAUAGGACACACUAUACACAGAUAAUUCAGAAGACAGGAGGGCCCCCGAGCUACUGAUACUAGUUUGUCCAGAGUUUUCUUGCCAGUGGAACGUUACGAUAUAUGAGUAUUUUUAAUCGUAUGUGGUGAAUGUUUUAAGUCUGACUGCGGGGAGGGUGGGUCUAAACCUGACCCUGAACUCACCCCAUCCCUAAAAAACGCCAUAGAUUUUUUUAAUGUAGUUACCUGUAAAAAUGUUAAGUAAUUUAAACAACAUUUAUUUACAAAAAAAGAAGCAGAUUUUACAUUAAGUCAUCAUGCUCCAAUAAAAGGCAGUUAUGAAACUCAUACGCAUGUA